UGGGGCGGUGCGGCUAGCGGCUGGAUGGCGCGGGGCGGAGAACGACGGACGGUGGCUCUUGGCCUAGUGCUGCGGUUGCUGCUUGGCUUCGGACUAGGCCUAGAAGCCGCCCCAACUUCGGUCAGGACCCAGACUCCAAUCCAGGCCCCAGGUCUCGGCAGCGGCUCAUGCCCGUCCACCAGCUUCCAGUGCGGUACCAAUGGCUACUGCGUGCCCCUCACCUGGCGCUGCGACGGGGACCGCGACUGCGCAGAUGGCAGUGAUGAGGAGGAGUGCAGGAUCGAGCCGUGUGCCCAGGAUGGACACUGCCCACCCCCCUCUGCCCUCCCGUGUUCCUGUGACAACCUCAGUGGGUGCCCCGGUGGCAUCAGGGCCCCGCACAACUGCAGCCAGGGGCUGUGCCGAGAGGACGAGCGGCGCUGCGCGGCGACCGAGGCCUGCGUCCCUCACACGUGGCUCUGUGACGGCCACCCUGACUGCCCCGACGCCAGUGACGAGCUGGGCUGCGUACCUACUGCCUGGCUCAUUGCAGAAACCAGCCUGGACACCAAUGAGACCUUCCAGGAAGGGAGUACCACUCCUGUGGCAACACCUGUUACCCUGGAGAGCAUCACCUCCCUCCAGAAUACUACAGCCACCCUUACAGGGAACCAGGCUGGAAGCCCCAGUGCCUACAGGGUUGUUGUGGCUGCUGGGGUGCUGAGUGCCAUCCUAGUGGCUGCCACCCUCCUCCUCCUGUUCCGCCUCCGAGCCCGGGGGCGCCUGCCCCCCAUGCGGUUGCUGGUAGCUGUGAAGGAGUCCUUGCUGCUGUCAGAACGGAAGACCUCACAGCUCUGAGCGCUGCCCGCCGCCCGGGCUGGCAGCCAAGAGGACACACGGGCCAUUGUUUGCUGCCGUCUGGGCCCUCAGAGGCCUGGACUCUUCCGCCACCAAGAGCCUUGAACCUGAGCUCCUCCAGAUGUGGCCCUGUGGCUGGGGGUCCUCACGCUCCUCUCCUUGGAUGCAGGGAACCUGGAUGGACAACAGGCAGGACCACAGCCAAGCUGAGGGGCUGGUCCUGAGCUGCUCCCAGACUGUUGGACAGUUUUGUUUAGACACUCCUGCCACCCCAUCACAGCGGGGAGGGGGCGGGCAAUUAAAGUU